ACAUGACUGGUGUAGGUCUCCUACAUUCAAGCUUACGGGAUUGCUGCAGAAAUGGGACUUUGGGUCACUCUUGACAGUUCGAAGUACAGCGUUGCUCAGUUUGAAAUCGAUGGGAGUGCCGUUAAGAGAAAAGGAAAGGACUAGUUAUAGGAGGAGCAGAAGUGGAAUCUGUUACAAUCUGGAAUGCCCUUUGCUUAAUGUCAAACUGUUACACUAUCAGCAGAAAAAUACUGUUUAACUGCACUGGGAAGUGAACACUGGUGCAUUCAGCUGAGCAAUACCCACAGAGGAAGAAAUCACUUAACCGCUUUUAUCCCACAGUUCAGAAGCACAAUGGUCGGUUACUUGGUGUCUCACACUGACGUUGGUGGCUUGCUGUGGGGAAGAUCUGCAGUUCCACUGAAACCAUGGUGGGGACUUUGAGUCAGCUUCUACAAGAUACACAUAAAGUCUUAGACAGAGAAGACUUCCAAGAAGAGAUCCCCUUCGAGAAGCCCACAAUGCAGGAUAUGAGAGCAACACCGUUGCAGAGGUCAAUGAAGGUAACUCUUCAAGACCUCCGAGCAAGAAGAGAGGCAAAGGAUCUUCAAGAAAAGAAACAGCCUCAAGUUAAACAAGAGCAACAUGGUUUCAGAGAUCGCUUUGUAAAUUUACAUUUGCUGCGGCAGUUAAAAGACAGCAGACCACAACAAGAUGGAGAUAUAAGUGAAAACAGGCAGCUGCAGAAAAGAUUAAUGUAUCUACAGAAAACCAAAGAUUUGCAUGAACAAACUAAACAGGGUAAAGGGCAGGUAGAAGAAAACUGCCAAGACCACAAUGGUGUUCAGAGUGGCCUUCAGAUAAAGCUGAAGGAGUUACAAGGGAAGCUGGAGCAGAAGGAGAGGGAACAUGAAGAGGUGUGCAGGAAGCUACUGGAGGUUCAGCGCCAGGUAAAAGAAAUGAACAGUCUACAGGUACAAGUGGGUGGCACUGAUUUGGAGAAGCACAGGGACCUUUUGGUGUCUGAAAAUGAACGAUUGAGACAGGAGCUGCAGCUUUUGAAUGGCCACUUAGGAAGUGAAAAAAAACUAGAAGUUGAAGCUAUGAAAGAGCGUCUGGCUUGCAUGGAGCAGCAGGAAACUGAGCACAAGCUAUUAAUAUCAGCUCUGCAGAGAGAGGUCCAGCAGAAGGCAGAGCGUUUGUCAGAGGCAGAGCUGCGACUUAGGGAUUCUGCACGUGAGAGGGUGGAGGAAGAAGAGAGGCUUAACCGCAUGUUAAGGGAGUACCAACUCAGCAACCAACCCCAGAUUAAAUACAUGGUGAAAACUGUGGAAGUGGAUUCUGCAAAGACAAAGGUAGCUCUCAGUCAGUUACAGAGCCGCAAUGUGUACCUGGAGGAACAAGUUGACAUGCAACGUGAAGCUUUGCAAAAGAUGCAGCAACAAGUGCAGUUGGACCAGCAGGAAGUAGCAAAGCUUCGAGCACAGGUGAAACUGUAUGACGUGGAGUUGGAUAAGGCACAAGCACAGAUGGUUCAGGAGUAUCAGUCUCUGCAGGUGGAGAAGGAACAAGCGGUGGCUGAGGCUUUUGAAAGAGCCCAGGAAGAAAUGAGGGCAGUUCACCAAAGUCUGGAUGGUGUGCGGAAAAAUCUUCUUACCUUGCAGCCGGCACUUCGAACUCUGACCCACGACUACAAUGCAUUAAAGCGACAGGUGCGGGAUUUCCCUGCUCUACUAAAUGAGGCAAUGGGAGAGGCCCGGAUAGAGUUCUCACAGGCUGUUAAGCAUGUCAGUGAUACAAAUACUGAACUUCUACACAAAUACAGGAAAGAACUGCAUCUGCGUAAAGAGUGCCACAACCAGCUGGUGCGACUCCGAGGCAAUAUCCGUGUACUUGCACGUGUGCGACCAGUAACCACCGAGGACGGAGUUGGCCCCGGGGCUGAGAACAUUGUAACUUUUGACCCAGAUGACGAUGGUGUUUUAUUUGUAGCUCAAAAGGGAAAGGAGAUGAACUUUGAACUUGACAAAGUUUUCACACCAGCUGCAACUCAGGAAGAGGUAUUCAGAGAAGUUUCUCCUCUCAUUACUUCCUGUCUGGAUGGUUACAGUGUUUGUAUUCUGGCAUAUGGACAGACAGGAUCAGGGAAAACCUACAGCAUGGAGGGGAUUCCCUCUGAUCCUGGUAUAAAUCAGCGAGCGCUACGCCUGCUUCUGUCUGAGGUGAAGGAAAGAUCAAACUCCUGGGAGCAUGAACUAAGUGUCAGCAUGGUUGAAAUAUACAAUGAGACUCUGCGAGACUUGCUGGGGUCGGAUCCUUCAAACUCCCUUGAGAUAAAGAUCUUACCAGGCAGUGUGGGAGAGCUUUAUGUUCCUAACCUGACACAGAGGCAAGUGCAGAGCAUGGAAGAUAUCAAUAAGAUUCUGGAGUUGGGACACAAACAGCGAGCCACAGAACACACCUAUCUUAAUACCCACAGCUCCCGCUCCCAUGCUCUGCUCAUCCUGACUGCUAAGGGGAGAGAGACAAGCACUGGAAUCUGUUCAACAGGAAAACUUUACCUAGUAGACCUAGCAGGUUCCGAGCGGGUGUCUCGAUCAGGUGCAGCUGGAGAACGUCUGAGGGAAGCUCAGUGCAUUAACCGCUCACUGUCUGCCUUGGGAGAUGUGUUCUCAGCUCUACGCUCACAGCAGGGCCAUAUUCCCUAUCGCAACUCUAAGCUUACCUAUCUUCUACAAGAACCGCUUAGCCGGGAUGGAAAGGCAUUGCUUCUCCUUCAGGUCUCCCCUGCAGAGAAGAAUGUAAGCGAGUCCCUUUGUUCCUUAAGAUUUGGGGACAGAGUGCGGGCAGUUGAAUUGGGAGCACCUACAAGAAAAAUUGAGCAGCCACCGCCAAAUGCUGAAGUGGCAGAGAAUGAAAGCCCAGUAUUACGCAGCACUAAAGGUGCCUCUAUAAGGAAGAAACCCCAGGGCUCAGUUCGGAGGACAACCCCCCAAUAACCAAAUUCAUGUCUGCACUGCCAUGUUAGUGUUUUGGCACCAUAAGAUGCUUUCUCAACGUUUACAAAAGUUUCCAUGCAUGAGAAGCAGUGGGAUUAUCAUUGACUGGGAUUCCUGCCUUUACACUCUGCACAGGAUUAUGGGAAAUCACUUGAACAAAAUGCUGCAGCUAAAUGGAGCCCAUAGACAGGAUCACAAACUGCACUUUACUCACCACUUCCACACAGAUGGCAUCACAUUGAAUUUCUAAUGCACAAAUACUUAACUGCUGCCUGUAUAUAUAUAUAUAUAUAUAUAUUCUUAUAUAUUUGUACAUUUGUAUGCACCAUUUAUUACAAAAUGUUUUCUAUUGUCUAUAAAUAUUCCUGUUUCAGACUAAGAAAUGGUAAAAUAUAUCACUGUACAUGGCUGUUACAUGAAAGGGCAGGUUACAAAGCUGACUGUAUUGUAUAUACAUAAAAGCUUAGAUGGAACUAAAAUGUGUCUUAUACUGCAA